GCUGCGGGCCGUCGCGGACUUUCGCUGUCAACGGUUCUCCGCGAGGAGAAGACCCGAGAAGGGAGGGGGGAGGAAGGGCCCCCCCUCCGUUCUAACGGGCCUGAUUGGGCAGCCGGGGUUCGAAAGGGGCGUGGCCUGCCUCGGCCGAGGGGGUAUAAAAGCCUUGGCUGGGCAUCGGCCACCCUCAUUAAAGUGAGGGUGGCGGACGUGAGUUUCAGGCAGCUUGGAGGGGGCCGGAGUGGGGACAGAGGAAAGGGGGAUAUCUGGUUCCCCCCUGUAAACAGACAAGGAAGGAGGCUCUUCUUAAACUGGAGGGUCUGGCGCCUUUACAAUAGGAACAGGGGGUCCCUGAUCCCCAAACCUGGAGGCCAGGGGUCGGUGCGGGCUCAGAAGUGGUUUAAGUAUCGAUUAAGGCGCAUGUGCGGUCCCUUUAACGAUUAGGGUUAGAUUGUGCGACUUUACAAGCUUCUGUGCAGACCCAACACAAUGAAUUCCAAUGUAGAAAACUUGCCUCCCCAUGUGAUCCGGCUGGUUUACAAAGAAGUUUCCACUCUCACCUCAGACCCACCUGAGGGCAUCAAGGUCUUCCCCAAUGAGGAGGACAUCACAGAUGUCCAAGUCACCAUUGAAGGACCAGAGGGUACCCCAUACUCCGGUGGCCUCUUUCGUAUGAAGUUGAUUCUCGGCAAAGACUUCCCAGCUAGUCCCCCAAAAGGCUAUUUUCUGACCAAAAUCUUCCACCCCAAUGUUGGCGCCAAUGGCGAGAUCUGCGUCAAUGUCCUCAAGAAGGAUUGGAAAGCAGAACUGGGCAUCCGGCAUGUCCUGCUGACCAUCAAGUGUUUGCUCAUCCACCCCAAUCCGGAAUCGGCACUGAACGAGGAAGCAGGCCGCCUCCUGCUGGAGAACUAUGAGGAAUAUGCUUCCCGGGCUCGCCUCCUGACAGAGAUCCAUGCCCAGCCUUCGUCUGGACUGCGCACCAAGGACCCCGCUGAGCCUUGCUCCUCCUCGGCUGGUGCCUCUGGGGAGGGCCCCAUGGCCAAGAAACAUGCAGGCGACAGGGACAAGAAACUGGCUUCCAAGAAGAAGACUGACAAGAAACGAGCCCUCCGGCGGCUUUAGGGGCCAAGGAGCGGGGUAGCGGGGAGUCUGGCACACGGGGCGGGUAGUGGGCAUCGGGGUUCCACAGUACAUUCUCAGUUCCUCCUCUUUUUCCUCUCCCACCUUUUCCACUUUGAGAUUGCAGUCCAACUCUGUCUCACAUUUGUCAGGGUUUUCUCUUUUCAGUCUUUUAAGUUAUUUAAAUUAUAAAAGCAGAAAAAUCUAUUAAAUGCCUUUUUUUGUUUUGUUUUUUUCACUAAGAAAGGCUCUUAAUGUAUGGUUGCGCCAGCAUCUAAACCCUGUGGCCAGGACCUUAUUGAGAAUAUUCUGCUUUUAGAAAGAAUGUUGUCAGAGGUGGAGAAGGGUAACAGGAAGGGAGAGAGCAUUUCCCUCCCUUGAAGAGGAGUUUAGAGCAUUUGCUGCUUUGGAGUUGAUGCGGGAAGGAUGUUGAAGAGGGAAUUUGGUAGUUCAACAACCAAGGAUCAACUGAAGAGAGAGGUGAUGAGUUUGCCAUUAUUCUCUGAAUUUGGUUGAUUAUGUGGGAGAGAAAAAAAUGGUUCUUGACGCAACAUCUUUUCAGAUAAUUAUUGGCCACGAGAUGUGCUAGUAGCUGCUUGCGUAGAUGGAUUUGAAGAUGGGUAAAAGAAAUUCGAAGGGGGGGAUGGAAUUAUUUCUGUGUAUAAACCAUGCAAACUCAAUGAGAGCAUCCAUGUUUUUGAGCAGGGAUAUAGCAUUGGAUGCUCGGGGUCACAUUUCCCCCUUGUGGCUGAUGGCGCUGGUGACAUGAUCACAUCGCACAGGAGCUAAAGCUGGCGCAUCUUCAGACAGGAACCUUCCUUCUUUCCCUUUCUAUCUUUCUGGUGUACUAAGGGAGUGAAAAGGACUUAGUCAGUGUUUUGUGUGUAAAGUAAGUCCCGAUCUCAACUGCCAGUCAAACUGCCAGUUUUGCUCCUCUCUUGCCCUUUAGUAGGUGGGGAAAAUGCAGGACCACAUGGGAGAUGGCCACUCAUGUUCUGCUUGUGGCCUUUUCUGGGCAUAUCUUGAGUGCCUUGGAGAAUGUUCAGAUCUGAUCCAUCCUAGUAGCUCCCGAAGCCAUUGAAAGGAACACAUUGAUCUCUCAUUCUCAAUCCUGUUGAAAACCAAACAUUUAAAAUUCUGAUGUCUAUCAUCGAGGGUGGCUCUAACUCAGGCAUGUGCAAACAACUCAGGUGUUGUUGGAUUUGUGGAAGUUGAAGUCCAAAACACCUGGAGGGCCAAGGUUUGCCCAUGCCUGCUUUAACUGUUCCAGAUCACCUCCCAAUAGGUUGGCUUCUUGAGGUGGGUAAAGACAUAGAUCUGAUAGGACUUUUGAGAGAUGAGAAUCAUGAUGGGAAAAAAAACCCUAUCUGGCAAGGAAGUGAUUAACAGAAAGUGUGAAUUUUCUCUCCCACUAUGUAUGCCCACAUGAAAGUAUUUCUGUACAAUAGAAAUGUCAAGGCAGCUUAGGAUAGUAAUAGCAAACUGUUCUCAUGCAGUCUGGGGCAGCAUACAUCCUUUCUAAGCCUCACCAGGAUCAUACAACAUACCAAGAGUGAUCUAGCCAAGAAGGGUUUUAUUAUGCAUCCUCCUGCUGAUGUGAUACAUGCAGCUAAGAGACUGUUCAUUUGACAGGCCUAAUAUUUAGUGUAUCUACAAUUUGUUGUAUACGAAUGUGUGCGUGCAGUUAUGGACUGUACCAAGUUUGUAUGUUCUUCCCUGCAUGCACAGCCUCCUUAUUUGCCCAAAAUACCAAGAUAUAAAUUUAAUACCGAAUUGAGAAUAACCACCUGACCUUCCUCAGACUGCCAUUAUAGGGCAAUUCAAGAAUCAUUUGCUCUUGGGGAAGGAUGGUGUGGCUUUUCAAGGACUUUCCUCCCCUGCAUAGUUUUCUUUACCACUUCAUUAUAUAACUUCUUUUGAUGCUUAUUUUAAAUAUUUUUAUUAUGUAAACAUCUUAAGGUUUACCCGAAAAGCAAUAUAUAAAUACAUGAAAUAAAUAUUUUGAAUAUUC